AUGCGCCGGCAUAACGGUCUUCUGUCUUCGUGCGAGCCCUGCCGCCGAUCCAAGCUCCGCUGUGACCACCUCGUGCCCACAUGUGGACGGUGUCGCCGCACGCGCAAGGCAGCCGCCUGCGUGUAUAGGCCGAAUCCAACAAGGACCGCAUCAUCGACGACAGAAAGUGCUACCGUAGAGACGUCUCCAACGUCUGAAGCCGUGCACUUGACGCAGAUGUCAGUUCCGCAACCGCAACCAAUUGCGAGCUCGCCACACGCAUUACGAGACCACUAUAUCAAGAUCUGGAGUCAUCGACUAGCCCUGAACUCCACUCCGAGCUUUCUAGGUUUAACGAGCUUUUCGGCAGUUUACAGUGAGAAUGAGGCUAGUCUGAAGCAAUACGAGUCUAUAUCGCCUCUACGGCUACCGGAACUCAAUCCGCCCGGCGCACAGAAUACUACCUUUGCGGUCGACCACCGCCAGAUAAAGCUUGGUGCAGAAUUGCUAUCAUUGUUUUUUGAUGAUUUUGCAUUAUACCGCCGGACUGCCAUCGCUUGCGAAAAAGGAAAUAACUCUGGUUUCAUGGCUUUGCCGACCAUGGUUACUAUCUGCAAUGCCGUUGAGGGGAUGUACAGUAGUAUACCGAAUCACCUGAACUCACAAUCAUGGCUACUAGUGCUCUCUCGGCGGUUAUUUGAGGGAACCAUGGGCCAACUCGUCACGCACGCGGAGAUGACACUCGACGAGUAUCUCGUUGCCCUCGCGGGCCGCUGGGAAGCUAUUGGACUAAUUCUCACACUACCCGGAAAAUACGCCUCUCGCACAGCAGUCGACGAUCCACUCUUCCAUGGUUUAGCCUUCUCUGCCACCGAUCACAAAAAUCUAGGAAUCCUAGCCACUGCUGGUGGCGACUUAUGUCUACAAUUCUGCGAGAGUGUGGGCGUGAUAAGCGACCCUCUUGGCUGGUUGUUGCUGCGACAUAUACAUCUCCUGACCUUGGUCUGCGGCGACCACGACUACCGGCCACGGAAACGUCUUGCGGAGCUCUCGACGCUCCUUUUCGCUAUGGGCUAUCACCAGCUUGACACCAGCGAUCAUAUACCAUUUUUCCUUAUCGAAGGGCGUAAGCGACUUAUAGUGCUCGCCUAUGCCUGUGAUAAGGAUUUGGCAACAUUUCUCGGCUGUCCGCCUCUGAUUGCUUAUCGCUUCUGUCGCAUCCAGCUUCCCUUAGACCUCAAACCCGCCGAAAUAAUCGCCAAGCCAGCUAUACGCGAAGUUGCAAUCAGCAAACUAGAUACUAAAGGUUGGAACGUUAAGGAAUCUAUUAACGGGGUCACAUGGAGCCGGGUGGCCUUCCUACUAGGCCACGUCCGCGAGCUUGUGCUAGAACUCUCUCUUGAUUGCCAAGAUCCUGAUGUUCUACAAAGAGCUGAUAAAAUAGUUUUAUUGUCGCAGCAGGUGCGCAGAGAUCUGCCAUCCUACCUACAGUGGGACGACAGCACCGAAACUGCUCUGCGUAUGAAGAACACUCUUCCUAUCUAUAUUCAUCUUGAAUUACUGUAUAGCAACUUUCUUCUACAGCGGAUACUGGUGAAGCGGUCAUCGACCGAGUCCGAGACUCUUGUUAGCCUUGCGCACCAGAUUCUCAAAGGAAUGCUUACCCAGAUUGCCAUUGGUCAACGACGUGGGAAUUUCUGUAGCGACCUUGGAUGGACGAUCCCCUAUUUUGGCCUCCCCUCAGCCGGAAUUCUUUCUAUCGAAGUCCUACGCCAGACGCAGAACGCCCGCCCGUGGCCGAGCGAGAGAUGCUUUUCCCGCUCGGAGGUAAUUCAGAACCUCAGCAAUCUCGUCUCGCACAUUCAGUACAUCGUCCUACCGCAGAAGGGAAAUUACGAGAUCUGCCAACAAGCCCGCAAGGUCAUCUCUUAUAUUUUGGACUACGUGCUCGCCGCGCCAGCUAAUGCCAACCCAUCGAUUCGUGCAGUAUCGAAUGUGAUUCCUUCAGACUGGCUCGAUGAAGAGUGGUUGAAUGAUGGGACGGACUUUAUAAAGUGGAUUGACGGGUCCAAUUGGUAUGAGUAA